AAAGUCUUUUUAAUGAUAUUUUGGUAUAUGUGUAUUAUAUUUUAUGUUUCCUCAUACAUAACAACAUACAAUAUGGAGUAUAUGAAUGAAAAUAAGAGAACAACUAAAACUAGCUUUUAAGUGAGAAGCAGCCAGUAUUUAAAACACCUUCAGAAAUCCUGGAGAACUAUUGGUCAAACUCAAUAAGUAAAGUUUGGCUCCUUGGAUGCAAAAUAUAAAGAAAUGAGAGAUGGUUGUCAUUAGGCAUACUGUUAAAACGAGUAGGAUUGACUUUAACUGCAGAUUAACUGGGAGCACUUCAUGCAUGCUCGCCAACAGCAAGCCACUAUAGCCAGUAUAUUCCUGCUUUUUCUGACAUGACCAAGAUUUCAGCUGAAGCAAAUCUAUCAUUUGCAAAAAGGUUUUAGAUAAUGUCUCACAUGAGAGUGAUUACUAAGUUAGUCCACAAUCACAUCAAUCUCCUGUUAAAUUACUUUUUUUUCUCCAUUUAGAUUAUCUUGUUUAUUAGCUACAAACUCUCCAUCGUGCCCAGCGUUAAAAGUAAAUAGAAAAAUCACUUCUCAGCAGAACCAUGAUGAUCUAAUGAACACUGCGACCUUGGCGCUUUAUAGACUUGAAGUCGUCUCUCUGUCUGUUACGGUGCAAUAAGCUGGCCGUCCUUCACUGCAUCGAGACAUUCUUUAUUUGUUCUACAAAUACAAAGAAUUGGAUACGCGGCCACAGCAGAGUCGACAUUGCGUGGUGUCAGUGUGAUAUUAAGAGACACGUCUCUCUCUCUGUCUCUUUCUCACACACACAGACACACACAUCAAUUGAUCCUCAGGCCUCCCCAGCACAAGUAGCUUCCUUUAUAUUAUAUCUUAUCUUCUCCAAGAGAGUCACACAACUUGUAUUUAGCCGGAACUAAAAACACAGUCCCAUGUGAAGAUUGCACGCAGCGAUAGGCUUAUCUUCCCCCGCUCACAACCACAUGAUCAGAAGACAAGCAACAAUGGUCCAUGACUCUUCAGAGAGCAUCAUUUAACUUAAAAAUCCCCCAAAAGGGUACGUGGCUCCGUAAAGCAACAUAAAAGUGAGUGUUCCAUCUUUGGAGAAUUUUCCACUUACUCAACGUUUAUCCUCGUUAAGGUAAUAAUCCAUAACAAUUUCAGAUGGAGGUCUACUUCAUCUGUGCCACAGAUGGAUUCCACAGUGGUAAUGCAGCUUACACGCACUUCAUGAAAGCUUUUAACAUUUAUUUUGCCAGAAAAAUCUUUCCAGCUGAAUCUUGUUGAGGAAAAGAAAUGAUGCAUAUUUCAGGCUGCUCUGGGAAUUUAGCUGUAAACAGAAGAACAGGGUAGUUAGCACGAGUAGUGAGGAUAACCCAAAAAUCUCAGGUUUGCCGGAAAUUCAGAAUAAAAAGAUAAAAAGCAGCAGUGCCCGAUGGAGGCCUGAAUGAGACCCUGUGCAUAAAUAGUCAAAUGUCACAGCGGUAAUGUUCACUUCAGCCUGCAUGCAUUCAGUUUACAUGUUAUUUCCUGAACUACCUGACUAUUUCUCGAUCCUUGCAGAGUGUUUUACUUUACAUCUGGGAAAACGAGAAUGUCUGACAAGGAAGAAAUGGCUUCAGAUGGGAGUUUGAACGUUACACUGACGCUGAGGCUGCUGAUGCACGGAAAGGAAGUUGGCAGCAUAAUUGGGAAGAAAGGAGAAACAGUCAAGAAAAUGAGGGAGGAGAGUGGCGCUCGCAUCAACAUAUCAGAGGGCUCGUCCCCUGAGAGGAUAGUCACCAUCACAGGACCUACAGAGAGCAUCUUUAGAGCCUUUUCCAUGAUUGCGCAAAAGUUUGAAGAGGAUAUUACCGCAGCAAUGACAAACAGCAACGUGACAAGCAAGCCACCUGUGACACUUCGCCUGGUUUUCCCGGGGAGCCAGUGUGGCUCACUGAUUGGCAAAGGAGGCUCAAAGAUCAAAGAAAUCCGAGAGACCACAGGCGCUCAGGUUCAGGUGGCAGGAGACAUGCUGCCGGACUCCACAGAGAGGGCUGUCACAAUCUCCGGCACUCCACAGGCCAUCACUCAGUGUGUAAGACACAUCUGCUCUGUGAUGCUGGAGUCUCCACCGAAAGGCGCAACUAUUCCCUACCGUCCCAAGGUCGUACCUGCUGGAACCCAUGCAGUAUUAGCACCACAGCACUCUGCACAAGCCUUUGCAAUUCCAGGGCAGUAUGCUUUUGCACAUCAAGAUUUGACCAAGCUUCACCAGUUGGCUAUGCAGCAUAUCCCCCUCCCUUCCCUUGGGCAGAGCAACCCUACCUUCCCUGGAUUGGAUGCAUCUGCCCCCACAAGUUCACAAGAGCUGGCAAUACCUAAUGAUUUCAUUGGCUGCAUAAUUGGAAGACAGGGUAGCAAGAUCAAUGAGAUUCGCCAGGUCUCUGGAGCUCACAUCAAAAUUGCCAGCGCCACUGAUGGCUCAGCCAUGCGCCAAGUCACGAUCACAGGUUCACCAGCCAGCAUCAGUGUGGCCCAGUACCUCAUCAAUGCCAGCUUAGAGAUGGCUAAAUACACAAUGCAGGCCGCUUCCUCUGCGACCCCAGUUGACCUGAACAUGAGCUUCUCACAGUCUGCUUCCACUGCCUCCACUUCUGCAACCUCUAUGGCCGUCCUGGCGGCCACCACCCCAGCCCCCACCACAAUUAACGUCCACUCUCCCUCCACCUUACCAGCCAUCCAAAACCCACACUACGCCGUCCCCGUUUCCAGCCUGCUUGGCAUGAAAACGCUCCCCGUGCUGGCCGUCCACCCAGCAGCCGCUUCCAGCCUAACGCAGGGUUUAUGCCCUUACACCGCAAAAAUGCCAACCUCCGGCGUCAAAAAGUCAGAGCGGCAGAAGUUUGCUCCUUAUUGACACCUGCUUUUGAGCCCAGGCAUCGUAGCCGACCGAUAGGACCUAAUUAAAAAGGAUGGCAAGUAUAUAGGCCUAAAAUCGGCUUACGGUGUAAGUUUUCCCCGUGUAACAUUUGUUCCCCAUAAAUCAGGAUGACAUUAGACAGAGGCAGAAAGGCUGGCAGUAUCAAAACAUGUUCUCGUUAAUUAAAUGAGGCAGUAGAGGUGCAUAUUAAGUCAGUAUUAUCUCAUGGACAUGUAUAACAAUUAAUGUGGGUAACUCAGGCUUGUAUUCAUAAAAAAGCUAUUUUUCAAAUGGAUUUGUGUUCCAGAGCUUUAUACGAAGACUUAUCCCGAUGCAAUUAUUGACUUAGUUUUCUGUCUGUGUGACUAGUUUUUCCUAGAAAAUGUCAACUAGCAAUAAAAGACGUGGUGCUUUUGUUGGCAGCAGGCUGUUAAACUUUUGGUUUUUCACUGUAGAAGUUAAGUGCUUUUUUUUUUGUUUUUUUUUAACAAGGAUUGUUCCACUCUUCUGUCAUAUUCCCCUCCCUCUCUUUCACUAUAGGCUCUCAUCAGUGCUAACAGGCUUGGGUGUUCUGUAGUAGCGUUGCACUGUUGCAGUUCUGAUGGGAUUAUCUUAAAGCCACAUUGGAUUCUAGUGGAUUUCACCCUACACAGUAAUCGUGUAAAGCAGGGACUGGCCUGACUAACUCUCGCUCGCUCGUACCGUACACCGGCUUGUUUCUUGUUUAUUCUCCAGCCUCGGCGAGUGGGGGAAGGCUUCGACUUGUUUCAUCCGAAACGGGGUGCUGAUCAGUUAUUUAAAUAAAUGUUUUAUUCAUGUGUUCCUGGUGUGGCACCCACCC